GCCUAUGCACUGGAAGGGAAUCUGGAGCUGGAGUUGGUGAGAACAGCCUGCAUGUGCAAAGUGGUGAUCUGCUGCCGGGUAACUCCACUGCAGAAGGCACAGGUAGUGGAGCUGGUGAAGAAGUAUAAGAAGGCUGUGACCCUGGCAAUCGGAGAUGGAGCCAAUGAUGUCAGAAUGAUCAAAACUGCCCACAUUGGGGUUGGCAUGAGUGGCCAGGAGGGGAUGCAGGCGGUCUUGUCCAGUGACUUCUCCUUUGCACAGUUCCGUUACCUCCAGCGCCUGCUCUUAGUCCAUGGCCGGUGGUCCUACAUCCGCAUGUGCAAGUUCCUCAAAUACUUCUUCUAUAAGAAUUUUGCCUUCACAUUAGUGCAUUUCUGGUAUGGUUUCUUCUCCGGCUUCUCAGCGCAGACUGUAUAUGAUGAGUGGUUCAUUACGCUUUACAAUUUGGUAUAUACCUCCCUCCCGGUGCUAGGAAUGAGCCUCUUUGAUCAGGAUGUGGAUGAUCGCUGGAGUAUGCUAUUUCCUCAGCUCUAUGUGCCUGGACAGCAAAACCUCUACUUUAACAAAAUAGUGUUUGUCAGCUGCAUGUUGCAUGGGAUCUACAGUUCCCUCAUCCUCUUCUUCAUCCCUUAUGGGGCAAUGUACAAUACAAUGAGAAGCGAUGGGAAAGCUAUUGCUGACUAUCAAUCCUUUGCACUCAUGGCCCAGACCUGCCUACUGAUUGUGGUGUCUGUACAGAUUGGCUUGGACACUGCUUACUGGACAGUUGUGAACCAGUUCUUCAUCUGGGGCAGCCUUUCUGUUUACUUUGCCAUCACCUUCACCAUGUAUAGUGACGGCAUGUACCUGAUCUUGACAGCCUCGUUCCCCUUUGUUGGUACGACUCGAAACACCCUCAGCCAACCAAAUGUGUGGCUAGCAAUCUUCCUCAGCAUCAUCCUCUGUGUGCUGCCUGUAGUUGGCUAUCGUUUCCUGAAGACUCGGUUAAAGCCCACUCCCAGUGAUAAAGUAAGGAGAUAA